AUGUCCAACUCGGAAGCGCCGCACUCGAGGCGCGUCUCCACUGCCUCAGACGGCCUGGUGCACAGCAGCGGCGGUGCCGGUGCAGGGACGCGUUCCCGCAGGAGCUCCAUGUCUGGACGCAGCAUCCGUGCACCGCAGAUCGAGAUGCGCGGAGCGACGAGCCCCCUGGCGCGUGCAGGGAUCAAGAGCGACAACCUGAUGCUCUUCAUUACGUGCUUUGCUUCAAUCGGAGUCCUGCUGUUCGGCUACGACCAGGGCGUCAUGAGCGCGAUCAUCACAGGUCCGUACUUUAAGCAGUACUUCCACCAGCCGACGUCUUAUGAGAUCGGGACGAUGGUCGCCAUUCUCGAGGUCGGGGCCUUCAUCACAUCGCUCGCGUGCGGCACGCUCGCGGACAUCUUUGGACGCAAGAACACUCUCUUCUGGGGUGCCGUCAUCUUCAGCAUUGGCGGCGUCGUGCAAACGUUCACCACUGGCUUCCUCAUGAUGGUUAUCGGGCGCAUCAUCGCCGGCUUUGGCGUCGGCAUCCUCUCGAUGAUCGUCCCGACGUAUCAGUCGGAGAUCUCGCCGGCGGAGAACAGGGGCAAGCUCGCGUGCAUCGAGUUCACUGGUAACAUUGUAGGCUAUGCCUCGAGUGUCUGGUUCGACUACGCUUGCAGCUUCCUCCCGGGCCACCUCUCGUGGCGCCUCCCGCUGAGUAUCCAGUCGGUCCUCGGUAUCGUCCUCGCCGCCGGCUCACUCCUGCUGCCCGAGUCGCCGCGCUGGCUACUCGACAACGACCGCGAUGAAGAGGGUAUGCGCGUCCUCGCUGACCUACACGGCGGCGGCGACCCCAGCGAGCCCCGCGCGCGCCUCGAGUUCCGCGAGAUCAAGGAGAACGUCGUCUUCAUACGCACACAGGGUGACCGCAGCUACUGGUCCAUGUGGCGCAGGUACAGGUACCGCACGCUCAUUGCCAUGAGUGGACAGAUGUUCGCGCAGCUUAACGGCAUCAACGUCAUCAGCUACUAUGCUCCGCUCGUCUUCGAAGCCGCCGGGUGGAUCGGCCGCGACGCAAUCCUCAUGGCCGGCAUCAACGCACUGAUCUACAUCGCCAGUACCGUCCCGCCAUGGUACCUGGUGGACCGCUGGGGGCGCCGGCCCAUUCUCCUCUCUGGCGCGGUCGUCAUGGCCGUCGCGCUCGGCCUCUGCGGCUGGUUCCUGUACAUCGACGCGUGGUACACGCCCCGCGCCGUCGUCGGCUGCGUCAUUGUGUUCAACGCGGCGUUUGGAUACUCUUGGGGCCCCAUCCCAUGGCUCCUCCCACCUGAGAUCAUGCCGCUCGCUUUCCGAGCCAAAGGAGCCAGUCUGAGCACGGCGACGAACUGGCUCUUCAAUUGGAUCGUCGGAGAGGCGACGCCGGUGCUGCAAGAGGUCAUCACAUGGCGUCUGUACCCGAUGCACGCGUUCUUCUGCGUCUGCUCGUUCGUCGUUGUCUACUUCUUUUACCCCGAAUCAGCUGGAGUUCCGCUAGAAGAGAUGGGCACCAUCUUCGGUGAGGAGGAAGGACCAGUUCCGCAAGGCGACGAGGAGGAGGAGGAGGAGGGCCUGACCGAGGAGGAGCUGCAAGCGCGCCCGAUCCGCCGCUCCAUUUCCUCCCAUCCUCGCUUCCAGAGCGAGGAGGAGCGCGCGGCGCGCGCCGCAGCUAGCAAAGUUGCUGCAGCGGAGCGAGCACGCCCCAGCCGCCUUCCUAGCCGGCUCGGCAGGCUGUUCGGCAGCAACGCGCAAGCGCCGGACAGGAGGCUGUACGAGAGCCUCUCGCGUGACGAGCAAUAG